GGAGACCGUCCGCCGCCGGUCCGGGCUAGCCGCCUCCCGCGUGCAUGUGUGCGGCGGCGGCGGCGCCGGGUGCGCGGUUCUGCGAGCGCGGUCUCAGCCGGGACGCGAGUGGAUGGCCCCCCGGGGGUGUGCGGGGCCGCCGCCUCCGCCGCCUCCGCCGGCCUGGGUGUGGCCCGGAAAGAUGCUAGCCAUGGGCGCGCUGGCGGCCUUCUGGGUCCUCAGCCUCCUCACCUACGGUUACCUGUCCUGGGGCCAGGGCUUGGAGGAGGAGGAGGAGGGGGCCUUGCGAGCCCAAUCUGGAGAGAGACCGGAGCCCGGCACAACCGCCACCUCCCCACCCCAUCUCAUUUUCAUCCUAGCGGAUGAUCAGGGAUUUAGAGAUGUGGGUUACCAUGGCUCGGAGAUAAAGACUCCCACUCUUGACAAGCUCGCUGCCGAAGGAGUUAAGUUGGAGAACUACUAUGUCCAGCCUAUUUGCACACCGUCCAGGAGUCAGUUUAUUACUGGAAAGUAUCAGAUACACACCGGACUUCAACAUUCUAUCAUACGACCUACCCAACCCAACUGCUUACCUCUGGACAAUGCAACCCUACCUCAGAAGCUGAAGGAGGUUGGAUAUUCAACGCAUAUGGUUGGAAAAUGGCACUUGGGUUUCUACAGAAAAGAAUGUAUGCCUACCAAGAGAGGAUUUGAUACCUUUUUUGGUUCCCUCUUGGGAAGUGGUGAUUACUAUACGCACUACAAAUGUGACAGUCCUGGGAUGUGUGGCUAUGACUUAUAUGAAAAUGACAAUGCUGCCUGGGACUAUGACAAUGGCAUAUACUCCACACAGAUGUACACUCAAAAAGUUCAGCAAAUCUUGGCUUCCCAUGAUCCCAGAAAACCUUUAUUUUUAUAUAUUGCCUACCAAGCCGUUCACUCACCGCUGCAAGCUCCUGGCAGGUAUUUUGAACAUUACAGAUCCAUUAUUAACAUAAAUCGGCGGAGGUAUGCUGCCAUGCUUUCCUGCUUAGAUGAAGCAAUCAACAAUGUGACCCUGGCUCUGAAGACAUACGGUUUCUAUAACAACAGCAUUAUCAUAUACUCUUCAGAUAAUGGCGGCCAGCCCACAGCAGGAGGAAGUAACUGGCCUCUCAGAGGUAGCAAAGGAACAUACUGGGAAGGGGGCAUUCGGGCCGUUGGCUUUGUGCAUAGUCCGCUUCUGAAAAACAAGGGAACAGUGUGUAAGGAGCUCGUGCACAUCACUGACUGGUACCCCACUCUGAUUUCACUGGCUGAAGGACAGAUUGAUGAGGACAUUCAACUGGAUGGCUAUGAUGUCUGGGAAACCAUAAGUGAAGGCCUUCGCUCCCCGCGGGUGGAUAUUUUGCACAACAUUGACCCCAUUUAUACCAAAGCGAAAAACGGCUCCUGGGCCGCAGGCUAUGGGAUCUGGAACACUGCAAUCCAGUCAGCCAUCAGGGUGCAGCACUGGAAACUGCUUACAGGAAACCCUGGCUACAGCGACUGGGUUCCCCCUCAGUCUUUCAGCAACCUGGGGCCAAACCGGUGGCACAAUGAGCGGAUUACGUUGUCAACUGGCAAAAGCAUAUGGCUUUUCAACAUCACGGCGGACCCAUAUGAGAGAGUAGACCUGUCUACUAGGUAUCCUGGGAUCGUGAAACAGCUCCUACGGAGGCUCUCACAGUUCAAUAAAACCGCAGUGCCUGUCAGGUACCCCCCCAAAGACCCGAGGAGUAACCCUCGGCUCAACGGAGGAGUCUGGGGACCAUGGUACAAAGAGGAAAGCAAGAAAAAGAAGCCAAGCAAAAAUAAGGCUGAGAAAAAGCAGAAGAAAAGUAAGAAAAAGAAGAAACAGCCGAAAGCACGUUCAUUUCCAAAUUGCCAUUCAGGCCUUUGCCAUUACCUUAGAUAAGUACAAAAUGUUUUCCCGUCUGGUUAAAUUUACGUCAGUCGUAGUCUUUUAGCUGUUUUCUAGGUAGACCAGCAAAUUUGGCCCUAAUAUCACUGCCGGAAGUCACAGCCCUAAUUUCAGGUUGUGCCACACCAGAGACUUCUGCCACUUGGUCACCACGUAGAAAACGGUUCUGUUCGGUGCCAAAGGUGCUACCCUCGCAAGCCAUAAUUUAGAGGAGAAUGCUGAUUUAUUUUGCUCCUUUAUAAAAAUUGUCCUUAAUCGGUGCAACUGUUGUGUUUCAUUUGACCAGGCACUAUGCUUCAGACUCUGAUCAAUGAACCUGCUAAUUUUUAGAUGGAAGUUACAGGUAGCAUGAAUAAAAACGAUCUUUGAUAAAGUGCAGUCAAAGGUUGCAUCACCUGAAGACCUUGAAAAAUAUGUUUUCUUAGUGAAUUAUUGUAUCUCUAUUUUAUGAUACUUGGUUUUUUAAAAUUGAUUCCAUUUCACGUAUCAUUUCCUUUCCUGUGAAAAUAAGCUGUUUCCUCCCAUGUAAACAGCUUGCACCUCAUCCUGUCAAGCAUGAGGGAAUGGCAAAUAAGAAUGUUUAAGCACACUGCCAAAACGUGAAUGUAACUUUUUUCUAAACACUUUAAUAGA